UGCAGGUGCGGUUUCAGGUGAGGUGGCAACACCAUCGUUGCUUGAGAGAGAUCAUGGCUGCUGAUGUGCGGCGGUGGUUUCAGAAACCGUGGCUUUUCAUUCUGUCAGGGAUUUUCUUUAAUCUAACAAAUGGAGUUGCGGCUUCCCCGGAGACUGGUCAGUGGACUGUAACUUUAGACAAUACAUCAAGUCCUCUGUUUUUGAGAAAAGCGAUGUAUAACAACACUGACAUAAAAUUAAAAGUAACUUCAUUUGGCUGUGAAAAGGAGGUGAUGUUUACUGUUAGCUGGCAUUUGACAUACUACCCGUGUCAUAACGAGUUUAAUAACAUAGAGGAAUUGUAUAUGAAGUUUUCACCUGAUGAAAAUGACCUGUUGGUCUCCAAACGUCUGGGGGAGGAAGGGGAGUAUAUUGAACACAAGUAUAAGGCAAUAUCCUGCGAUAAGAAUCUGCACAUCUUCCCGGUGUUCAAUAAAUCAAAGGCAGUGCCUCGAACAAGGGAGAGCUUUUCAGGGAAGGAUGACAAUUACACAACAAGUGAGGAAGACAGGAGUUUGGAAAAAAGGAAGACUGGUUUUCAGGAUGGUGUCAUUGCAACAACAUGGAGAGAUGGACCUUACUUGCUGGUGAUCAAGAUCAAACCAAACAGACAGGCGAACUGGAAUCUGACUCUAAGUGUUGUCAUGAAGGGUUCCCAUGGUUACAUCUCUGUAACGGAGUGGCCCCUUAUGAUUUUUUACAUGGUGAUGUGCGUGGUGUACAUUCUCUAUGCACUGCUGUGGUUCAUCUGGUCUGCCUGCUACUGGAAGGACCUACUGAGAAUCCAGUUCUGGAUUGCAUUGGUCAUCUUCCUUGGCAUGUUGGAGAAGGCAGUGUUCUGCGCUGAAUACGAGAACACAAACGCGGAGGGAUCAGCAUCUCAAGGUCUACUGAUCUUUGCUGAGCUUAUCUCUGCGCUGAAGAGAACACUAGCACGAUUGUUGGUGAUUAUCGUCAGCCUUGGUUACGGAAUAGUCAAACCUCGUCUAGGCACUGUCAUGCACAGAGUGGUGGGCCUUGGCGUGCUGUACUUUGCAUUUGCUGCAAUCGAGGGCAUCCUGAGGAUCACUGGGGCCAAAGACUCUGACUUGGCCCUGCUGGCCAACAUUCCCCUGGCUCUUCUUGACUCCUCUUUGUGUUGGUGGAUAUUUGUCAGUCUGGCCCAAACGAUCAAGACUCUGAAACUCAGGAGAAACCCAGUGAAGUUGUCAUUGUACAGACACUUCACCAACACUCUCAUCUUCGCUGUUAUUGCCUCCAUUAUUUUCAUGAUUUGGACAACAAAGAAGUUCCGUUUGGCAGAUUGCCAGGCUGAUUGGAUGGAACUCUGGGUGGAUGAUGCUUUCUGGAGGUUUCUGUUCUCAAUUAUACUGCUUGUUAUUAUGUUUCUAUGGCGACCAUCAGCAAACAACCAAAGGUAUGCAUUUACACCUCUGAUUGAUGACUCGGAUGAUGAAGAAAUUGAAGAAUUUCUUGUGUCUGCCAAUCUUUCUGAUGGGAUAAAGUUGAGAGCAGCGAAGAAUGAAGCCAAUGGAACAGCUAAACCUGUGACCAGUCCGGAUGAAGACCUAAAGUGGGUAGAGGACAAUAUUCCCACCUCUCUGACAGAUGUAGCUCUGCCGGUUCUCCUUGACUCUGAUGAGGAAAUUAUGACCACAAAAUUUGAAAUGUCCAAAAUGGAGUGAUGGGACGCAGGUACGGCACCCUCAUCCAGAAGUUAGAAACACUGCAACGCUGAGCCUGUCCACUACAUCACAGAGACAGACAUACAGAUGAUAAAAAAAAAAAAAAAACCUGAGUAGGCUGUUGUUCUCACUCAGGACUUCAAAAUCAAGCAGUCUUUUUUUUUUUUAAGGUGAGGUGCGCAAGAGCAGGACAGCUUUUGCAGUCUGAGACCUUGCCGUGUGUAUUUUAAAUGAGAUGUUACCUCUGAUCCAGAACAUUAUAAAAAUUGUAUUUGUUUCAUGCAGGCAGGGAUUUCUCCCUUUAAUGUGUCCUUAUGGUUCACCUGAUCACGUAUGAAGAAACAACUAAUGGAUCUUUAACUUGAUCCAAAGCUAUUGAUAUUAUAUGCAUAAGUUAUGUAUCAGAUUAUUGAUGGUUAGAUUGACUUUAUUAAAAGCUUCCAGAUGUAGGUACAUCCAGGAUUUUGUUUUUCUUUUUGUCCAUAAUUACUGUUUGGAAAAACGAUUGAACGGUUUUCGGGCUUGGGUUUAUUUCAUGACCAAAGUUUGUUUAUUUGUUUGUUUUUUCCUCUCCCCUCUCCAUGUGUUUUCAUUUCUGCGUUGUCUGGGAUGUGUAUGCAGUGUUAUUUAUCUGUUCACUAUGUGAAGCCGCCGGGCUUCGCUCUGAAAACAUAGCGUGAAGUGAUAACCUUUUCCGUCUGAGUGUGUGUGUGUGUGUGUGUGUGUGUUUUUAUUUUGUUUGCCAGUGUGCUGUGUGUAGAAAAGGAACUUAAUCCAUGCAGUUUGUUUUGUGUGUAAAGUCCGCAAGGUUGUAUGUUGUGCUUUAAUACAAAUGUACUUUUAAACAUGCAAGAGUUUGUAUUUAAUGAUAGCAACGUUUGUUGUUAAAGUAUUAUUCGCUGGUUUAGGCUUCCAGACUGAACUCGUAAUUGAAGGCUAUAGGGUGGAUAAAAUAACCUUACCAAAAUGGCAAGCAAUACCCUGUACAUGAACGUGUUUACUGUUCUCCAAUGAACUUGUACUGGUCUGCUGUUUUUUUUUUUUUUAAAUUAUUAUUAUUUCUGUUUUUGUGUUUAAUCCUGUUUUUACUUGGGUGGUUAAGUGUACUUAAGCAUCGCGGAUGCCUUUUUUGUUUUGCUCAGUUGUAGAACCAGAAGGAAAAUCAAUGCGUCAAAAGGGUCUUACUUUUGUAUCUCCUUUAUAUCGGAGUCAUGCACGUUUUUUUUCCCCCAGCAAAAACAGUAAUGAGUGACUGUUAUUCCAUAACAUUAAUAUUUAUAAUGGGUUAUUUUUUACAUUUUUUUUUUUAAAACAGGUGCUGUGUCUACACUAAAUGCAAUACACAUUUUCAACAUCA